GCGCACCGCCGAGACGCACGCACGCAGCCACACGGUCGCUGGGAUUCCAGGAGAAAAAGUGAGGCGAGCCAGGGCGAGCGGGAGAAGAUUAUUUUUUAAUUUUAUUUUUAUUUUGUAUUUUUUUUUGGGGGGGGGAAUCUUUUCUCGUCUUGGUGCGAAAGAAGCGACUUGGGUUCUCGUCCUCGAAGCUCCCACUUGGAUUGUUGGUUCCCUGGCGCGGACCCCCGCCGGCGGAUUUCUUUGCCAUUUGCAUUUUGUUCUGACCCCCCACCCUCGCUGCUUCCUUGCAGCCCCUCCCUCGCAGACCGCCGCCGCCCCCCUCCCCAGAUCGCCGGACCCCUCCUGGGAAGCUCCGGGGGGAUUCGGCCCCGCGGGGACUCGCGCCUCCCGGGACCUGGACCAGCGGCGGCUCGGGCAGCCCUCCGGACCCGCUUCGCCUCGAAAGCGCAUCUGCACACGUCUACGUGCCAUUUGGUUACAGUGGGCACUGGGGGCGUCGAGAGCAGCCCACCGCCUCGCAAUCCCCCAAACCAGAGGCGAGGACGCGGGACUCCGGAGCUUCAUCGAGUGGACUAGCUGGGAUCUCCGCAUUGGAUUUGGGGCAUAUCGUUGUCAUUAUUAUUGUUAUUAUUAUUAUUUUUUUUACUCGAGGGAGAUAGACAACAAAACAAAACAAAACAAAACUGGGAUUUAUUUAACAUGAUCUUGGCAAACGCCUUCUGCCUCUUCUUCUUUUUAGACGAGACCCUCCGCUCUUUGGCCAGCCCUUCCUCCCCGCAGGGCCCCGAGCUCCACGGCUGGCGCCCCCCAGUGGACUGUGUUCGGGCCAAUGAGCUGUGCGCGGCCGAAUCCAACUGCAUCUCCCGCUACCGCACGCUGCGGCAGUGCCUGGCGGGCCGGGACCGCAACACCAUGCUGGCCAACAAGGAGUGCCAGGCGGCCCUGGAGGUCCUGCAGGAGAGCCCGCUGUACGACUGCCGCUGCAAGCGGGGCAUGAAGAAGGAGCUGCAGUGCCUGCAGAUCUACUGGAGCAUCCACCUGGGGCUGACGGAGGGGGAGGAGUUUUAUGAAGCGUCACCCUACGAGCCGGCCACCUCCCGCCUCUCCGACAUCUUCAGGCUCGCCUCAAUCUUCUCAGGGACAGGGGUGGACCCGGUGGUCAGCACCAAGAGCAACCACUGCCUGGAUGCCGCCAAGGCCUGUAACCUGAAUGACAACUGCAAGAAGCUCCGCUCCUCCUACAUCUCCAUCUGCAACCGGGAGAUCUCGCCCACGGAGCGCUGCAACCGCCGCAAGUGCCACAAGGCCCUGCGCCAGUUCUUCGACCGGGUGCCCAGCGAGUACACCUACCGCAUGCUCUUCUGUUCCUGUCAGGACCAGGCGUGUGCCGAGCGCCGCCGGCAGACCAUCCUGCCCAGCUGCUCCUAUGAGGACAAGGAGAAACCUAACUGCCUGGACCUCCGCGGUGCAUGUCGGACUGACCACCUCUGCCGGUCCCGGCUGGCCGACUUCCACGCCAAUUGUCGCGCCUCCUACCAGACAGUCACCAGCUGCCCUGCGGACAAUUACCAGGCGUGUCUGGGCUCCUAUGCUGGCAUGAUCGGGUUUGACGUGACACCCAACUACGUGGACUCCAGCCCCACUGGCAUCGUGGUGUCCCCCUGGUGCAACUGUCGCGGGAGCGGGAACAUGGAGGCAGAGUGCGAGAAAUUCCUCAGCGACUUCACCGAGAACCCGUGCCUCCGGAAUGCCAUCCAGGCCUUUGGCAACGGCACUGAUGUGAACCUGUCCCCUAAAAGCCCCUCCUCCCAGGCGACGCAGGCCCCUCGGCUGGAGAAGACGCCUUCUCUGCCAGAUGAUCUCAGUGACAGCACCAGCCUGGGGACCAGUGUCAUCACCACCUGCACGUCUGUCCAGGAGCAGGAGCUGAAGGCCAAUAACUCCAAAGAGUUUAGCUUGUGCUUCACAGAGCUCACAACGAACAUCAUUCCGGGGAGCAACAAGGUGAUCAGACCGAACUCAGGCCCCUGCAGGGUCCGACCGUCGGCUGCCUUGACCACUGUGGCCCUCCUCAUGCUGAAGCUCGCCUCGUAGGCGCUGGGACCUGUGUUGGAGGUUUCUGGAAGCUCCCUGGACAAGAAAUGGAAACUCUGGACAAUAUGGAAACACACACUGACACACACCUUGCAAAAAAAAAAAAAAGUUUUCCCCCCACCUUGUCUCUGAAACUGUCUCCUCCCAGCUUUCUUCUCUGGAGAAGUUUUUUUCUAAACCAAACAGAAUAGCAGGCAGGUCCACCUGAGAGCUGGCCGUGAGGUCUGGCCAGGGCAGUCGCGUGCUGAGGAGGAGGGCAGAAGGCUCUAGAAAUACCCUUCCGUUUCUCCUGGUGUUCUUUUCUCUCUGGACCCCACUGACAAGAGAUCUGGAUGAGACCCCUGCAGCUCCGGGGGCUGGGGGCCUCUGGCCUGCAGUAGGCCGGGGCAGGAUGGCCACACUGCUGCCCUGGACCUCUGCCCCUCCCCCUUCCCGGGCCCUUGGCGAGGGGAUGGCAGAGUACAAGGCCGAGGAAGCACGGGGCCACUGCCUUCCGUAUCUGUCUGCUCGGCUCGGAGGAGGAUGGAGUUCCUGCUGUCCCCCCUCUCUGCCCAGGCAGGUCUGCAUCUGACUGUGGAGAGCGCGGUGCUGACCCCCUGAUACCACGGGUGGGCUCUGGGCCUGUUGGAGGGGGGUGAUGGAAGAUGAGCCAAACUGGGAGGUGCCCUGUGGGGAAGGGAACGCAGCCUGGCACCGGCUCCAGAUGCUGCCUCUUCAAACCAAGAGUCUUGAAAUCAAGGAGAAAAGGUACCUUGUGGGUUCCUGGGGUUUCUCGUGGGCCCAGAUGGGGGCGUCUCAUCGUGGGGAGGGGCUGCUGAGGGGGACAGCCCAGACCUGCACCAGGCUCCCGUCUCGGAUGUCUCUUCUCCAUCCCCCCGCCCCUCUUUCACAGAUGCGCCCUCAUUUUGGAGAUGGACACCCCUCUAUGUACAUAACAAGGCUCCUCAACAUAUAUGUAUAUACACACCCAUAUACAUAUAUCAUGUGCUUUCCCCUUUCUUUCCUUUUUUUAAAGAAACAAAAUUAUCAAAGUAAUACCCAACAGAUGAGCGAAAAAAAGUAUUAUUGUAAAGUUUAUUUUUUUUAAUAAUGUUGUCUAUAGCGGGAAAACAGACCGAUCCCUGGGUUCUUGGCCUGUCGGCUGACCGGGCCAUGGAAGGGGGUCCUGAUCCGUGUUCAUGCUCAGCCAAGGCUCCAAUAAAUGUACUAGGACGCA